AAAAAAGUUCCAUACGUUUGCGCCAUCCAGUUCAAUCAUGGGGCGUAUAAGGAAGUUAGAUGCGGAAGAUUAAAGUACGGUGCAGCGUUGGAAAAGUACGACCUGGAUCAAAAUGCCCGGGACUAAAGUCUGCAUCUUGGGAUCGGGAAACUGGGGCUCUUCAAUUGCCAAAAUAAUUGGAUGGAAUGUCAGAUCAUCAAACCGGUUCAACCCAGUCGUGAACAUGUGGGUUUACGAAGAAAUGGUCAAUGGGAAAAAGCUGACCGAGAUCAUCAACACGGAGCAUGAAAAUGUCAAAUAUUUACCUGGUCACAAGCUGCCCAAGAAUGUGGUGGCUGUUCCAGAUAUCGCAGAGGCCGUAAAAGGAGCAAAAUUGCUUGUUUUCGUCACCCCUCACCAAUUCGUCCGCUCACUCUGUGACAAGAUCAAGUCCCACGUUGUGGACGGUGCCGUCGGCAUUUCACUCAUCAAAGGUAUCGACGAAGGUCCGGACGGACUGCAGCUCAUCUCGGACAUCAUCAGGAAAGAACUGGAAAUUGAGGUCAGCGUCCUGAUGGGGGCCAAUAUUGCCAGCGAGGUGGCAGAUGAGAAGUUCUGUGAAACCACCAUUGGUUCUACAAAUGAGGCCAAUGGACUUCUCUUCAAAGAGCUUCUUCAGACUCCCAAUUUUCGCAUCACUGUGGUGCAGGACAGUGACACAGUGGAGUUGUGUGGAGCGCUGAAGAACAUCGUGGCCCUCGGCGCCGGAUUCUGCGACGGCCUCGGAUUUGGGGACAACACCAAGGCCGCGGUGAUCCGGUUGGGUUUGAUGGAGAUGGUCGCCUUUGCCAAGUUGUUCUGCAGGGGCCAAGUGAGUUCCGACACCUUCUUGGAGAGCUGCGGAGUGGCCGACCUCAUCACCACCUGCUACGGUGGACGAAACCGUAAAGUUGCAGAAGCUUUCGUCAGAACUUCCAAGUCCAUCGCAGAGCUGGAAACUGAAAUGCUCGGUGGACAAAAACUGCAAGGUCCGCAAGCCUCGGCUGAGAUUUACAAAAUUCUACAGAAGAAGGACAUGGUCAACAUGUUUCCGCUCUUCGCGUCCAUAUACCUGAUCUGCUAUGAAGGCAAAGAGGUGAAACAGUUCAUCACCUGCCUUCAGAAACACCCAGAGCACAUGUGAAAAUGACAACAGUGCAUUGGAAUGUGCCUUCUGUGGAAAUUUGGGACAACAAGAGUUUGACAACAUUCAUGAGCUGGAAAGUGGAAACUCAUUUCAAUUUGAUAAACAAGAAAAAAAAUUUU